CGGAGUGUGCACUAGAGGAGGGGCAAUUCAGGAUGGUUUGGAAGCGGACACUCGGAACACUGCAGCAUUUAACACGCUGACAAUUCAAUGUCAUCUGGGUGGAAUAUGUUCGCUGGGAAAGAUUGAUUUAUUUUCUGAGGAAUUAUGAGAAAUCUGAGUUUUGUCGCUUGUUUUGCAUGGAACUGAAUGAAUUGUUUGGGGAAAGAUGGCGCGCCUUUUGCUUAGCUUUGGUGUGGCUGUGGGUCUGGUAGGAAUGGCGAUGUUCACACUUCCAAAUGCAAAAGCUGAGCCUCAUGUUAAGGAGGAGGAGAGCUCUUGUCAAGGUGCCUUCGACUUGUAUUUUGUCCUCGACAAAUCUGGAAGUGUCAAGCACCACUGGAUUGAGAUCUACUCCUUUGUGGAACAUCUCGCAGAGAAAUUCACAAGCCCGAUGCUAAGGAUGUCCUUCAUUGUCUUCUCAACACAAGGAACUAUCAUCAUGGAACUAACUGAAAAUAGGGAUGAAAUUACCAAAGGCCUGAGUGUGCUAAAGAAAGUGGUACCAGGAGGUGACACAUUUAUGAAUCUUGGAUUACAAAAGGCAAAUGAACAAAUAUAUCAUGGAAAUUAUGGGACAGCCAGUGUUAUCAUUGCUUUGACGGAUGGCGAGUUAAAUACAAAUCAGGUUAUCACAGCACAGCAAGAGGCACAGAGGGCCAGAUCCCUUGGAGCCAUAGUGUAUUGUGUGGGAGUAAAAGACUUUAAUCAAACACAGUUGGCUACCAUCGCAGACACCAUUGAGCAUGUGUUUCCUGUUGUGGGAGGUUUCCACGCCCUAAGAGGAGUGAUAGAUUCAAUAAUCAAAAAAUCAUGCAUUGAAAUUUUAGCAGCAGAGCCAUCAAGUGUUUGUGCUGGAGAGGAAUUCCAAGUGGUUGUUCGAGGCAGAGGCUUUUUGUAUGCCAGAAAUAUCAAUCAGGUCUUGUGCAGCUUCAAAAUCAAUGACACGGUCACAGUGAAUGAGAAGCCUGUAAAUGUUGAAGACAUGCUUCUGCUUUGCCCAGCACCAGUUAUAGAAGAAGUUGGAAAGGUGAUAUACCUUCAGGUCAGCAUGAAUGAGGGCUUGUCGUACAUCACUAGUUCAGUGCACAUCACCACUACUAAAUGUUUUGAUGGCACCAUUCUCCUCAUUUCUUUGCUGGUGAUCUUCCUGCUUGUGGGUCUGCUGCUGAUGUGGUGGUUUUGGCCUCUGUGCUGUACUGUGGUCAUUAAAGAGCCGCCUCCUCCACCUCCACCUGAGCCUGAAUCUGAUGAUGAAAAUGGGAUGCCAAAGAAGAAGUGGCCUACAGUUGACGCCUCUUACUACGGGGGUAGAGGAGUUGGUGGCAUUAAAAGAAUGGAGGUGCGCUGGGGGGAUAAAGGCUCUACAGAAGAAGGUGCUAAGCUGGAAAAACCCAAGAAUGCAGUGGUAAAGAUGCCGGAUCAGGAGUUUGAGCCUUAUGAGCCCAAACAGAGGAGGUCAACAGCACGCCAGCGUUCACAACAGAGGAAGUGGUACACUCCAAUUAAGGGGAAACUGGAUGCUUUGUGGUUUCUGCUACGCCGAGGAUAUGACCAAGUGUCCCUCAUGAGGCCUCAGCCGGGAGAUCAGGGCCGAUGCAUCAACUUUACGCGGGUGAAAGACGAGGCAGUCAGGGCUCCACCACGCAGCCCCCCUCCACCUCCAGCACCGCCAACAGAGCACCGGGCCCUGAUACACCCCUCCACCUCGGCACCUCCCAACCGUCAAACCCGCUCCCCACCCAGACCUCCACCAGCACGAUCACGCUACGGACCCCCACCAUCACGAGCACCACCAAGACCUCCUCCUUCUCUUCCCCCACCCUGUCCUGGGAACCAGCACUGAGAACAAUGCAGUAUCUAAAGCACCCUAAGCUAAGAGUUGUUGCUGGACAGCAAAAAGAGUCAACUACUGAUUAUCCCCAGAGAUGAAUAAGAUGUGAUCUAAUAUACUCAGCUCUGGGUAUUCUUUCAUCAUCAUAUCAAUCAUAUAGUGUGUGAAUUCUCACGUCAUGUAGUCAGCAUGUGUAAGUCUUUGGAAAGUAUUAUUUUGUGCUUGAAAAUGAAAUUGACAUGUUUUUGUAUUACAUGAUUGGUUGACUGAUUGAUGAAGGUUUUGGCUGAAAGAUGGAGGGUUUAAGCAUGUUGAUUAGUCAUCUGUAAGUAAUUUUCAAAGGCACUAGCCUUAGAUCAAUUGGUUAGGCCUGUAAAAAAUAGAGUAAAUAUAACUGCAGGGCAGUUCCAUCUUUUAAUUUAUUUAGCCUUGGUCUCCUGGAAAGCACUUGAGCAUACAAUGACAGGGUGUCCAAUACACAUAAGACUCGUAUAUAUAUAUGUGUGUGUGUGUGUGUGUGUGUGUGGGGGGGGGGUGUGGAGAGGAAUGCGGGGCUUUGGUUUUUAUGCAUAGGAUGCUUCAAGUGCAGACUAUAUGUGUUUAGUGACUUACAGUAUAUGAACAAAAUUUUGUUGGAAAAAGUCUCAAACUAAAUUGUUUUUUUCUUAUUUUCACACACAACUAACCAAAUAACACUUCCAUUUAUUAAACAUUUUGCAACCAA